AUGCUGUCAUGUUUUGGCUUGGGCAAGGUGCGUAACGAGGAUGUGGAAGCCGGCGAGCGCGAGCCUCUGUUGCCCCAAUACGACGACGAGACUUCACGUCAGAGUCGACUUCGGGAGAAGCUCCAUACGUAUCAAAUGCUGCGCGCCAUCUCGCAAGGAUACAUGCCCUCGAAUGAGCAAAUCAUCGUCCAUCUCCGAAGUUUGCUCUCCGCCGACAUCCUCCAUCCGGCGGAGGCGAACCUGAGCACGGCUGGGCGUGCUCUCAUCCGGUGCACAAAGAUCUGGCUCGACCAGUUCAUCCAACUGUUGCAGCAUAAAAACUCCCAAGACCAGGUCCAGGACUUCCUGUGGUAUCUCGCCAAGGCAAGAUUGGAUGCCGACCUCUCGGAUAUCGGAGGGCGAGCCGCUGCCUCCAAAGCCAAAGCCAACGUCUCCGCUGCCAUUGCCAGCCUCCAGACGAUAGCCUCUCUGCUGCUUUCCAACGGCGAAUUUCGCCUUUUCAUGGCCGACUUGACCACGGUCGGCAGAGAGGUUUUUCGGGAUACCGCCUUCACCCUCGCCGACGUGUCGAGACGAGCAGCCAAGGCAACGGAACCGCCGGUGCGGGCAGUCGAAGCCGUCAAAGGUGCCGAGAACGGGGACGCUCAGGCUGCCACGUCCAAGCAAGAACUCGAGGAACAAGUGGGAGAGGUCGCCACCUUGGUCGCAAACGGCGCCGUCGAGGUUGCCGAGGAGGCGGGCCACAGCGUGUCGGAGCGAUUAGGCGGCGAUGAAGGCAAGGCGAUCGUCCGUCGCAUGAAGCAAGUCAUCCUGAAGCUCGUCAAGCGAAAGGACUAUCGCGAUUCUGCAUCGAUGCUAUCGAUGCUUCUUCAGCGCUACGUCGCCAUCUAUGCACAGAUUGCCUCGGAUACCGUCCAGGCGAUGGAGGACACCAUAGGGUCAAACGAAGAAGUCGACGAAGCCGGCCGCAACUUUUGGAUUUUCAUCACCUCGUUCGGAGACGCCGAGAGCUGGGCACUAGUUGAAGCGUCCUUCAAAGAGCUUGUCGAAGCAGGCAAGACUGAUGGAGACUUGAUCAAUCUCGUGCAGGAGCUUUGGAGCCACUUCCAAAGGAUGCUCCUCGACCCCGAGUUCUUUGAAGAGACGGACAAGUGGUUCAAGGACCUGCGCGAAUCGUCGUCGCGCGUCUCGUCCGCUUCAUCCAUCUCCGAAUGCGUGGACAGGCUCCUGGCGAAGCUCGCAGCGGCGCUGCAUUCCGUCGCCAAGGAUGAGGAUCUCGCACGCCUGCUUUCCACAUCGCGACGACUUGCCGGAAUUCUCUCACCAAGUGGACAUUGGGCGAGCAGCGAUCUUGUCGAGGACUCGAUCAACACGUUCGUACCACUGCUGAUCCAGGCGAUCCAGUACCUGCCCAUUCCACGCAUCGAGAUCUCCACGCCGGCAUUCGACCUCUUGGUGGAAAAUCUUGUCCUGGAGCCGGGCCGAACAGUCAAUCGCAGCUCUUUCUUCCCCUACAAGCUUCGGGUGUCGACUCGGAACGAUUUCGAGGUGCGCAAGGCACACGUCCGGACGACAUCCUCCUUGAGCUCGUUCUUGCAGGUGAAGGUGGAGGGGUUAUCGUUGGCUGCCGAAGACGUGGGAUACUGGAUGAGGCUUCACUCGUGGGCGCUCGGAAUCGUCGACAGCGGCUUGGCGAGCUUCCACCUGGACGAGCGUGGCAUCGACGUGACGCUGGACGUGGAGAUUGGACGGGAUCGCAUGGAAGAAAUGGUGUCGCUGCGAGGCGUCGACGUACGCGUGCACCACCUCGACUACACGCUGCGCAGGUCCAGGUUCUCCUGCGUCGCCUGGCUUCUGAAGCCGAUCAUGCGACGGCUUGUGAGGAAGGCGGUGGAAGUCAAGAUUGCCACGUCGAUAGACACGACGCUACGGACGCUGAACAGAGAGCUGCUCUUUGCCCGCGAGCGGCUUCGGGCGACGCGGAUCGCCGGACCUAGCGACCUCUGGACCUUUAUCCGGGCCGUCGCGACCCGCCUCGCACCCGCGCCCGAGCCGGAUGUCGAGGCGAGGGUGGGCGUGCGGCCCGGCGGCGGCGUCUUCCAGGGCCGGUACGCACCGGGCAGCCUGGUCAAGAUGUGGGAGGACGAAGGGUGUAUUGCAUCGCAGAAGGUGUUUGAGUAUCAAAAGGGCGGGUGGCGCAAUGAGAUAUUCGGUCUACGGACCAGACCGGCGAGCGACCGUGGCGGCUACCGGGGGUUACGCGAGCCUACCAUGGGCACGGGAAUCGGCACAGGUCAGCCGGCGGCCGCGCCCGUGUCGGUGGCGUCUGGAUAG